AUGCCCGCCAUGUCACACCUGGCUGCGAACCUUUCAAAAAGCGCUAAGAUGGAGUUUCAGAAGAUGCCAAUGAAAAAAGAACGGGUAGCGACUCCGCUGCUGAUUGGUAUCUUCGUCGUCGUUCCAACUAUCUUCGUCAGCCGUUGCUGCGCUGCCCCCUUCCCCCCCCCCCACUGGGGCUGGCACAAGGCGAUGCGCAGAUUUUUAUCGCGGUUUUUUCGCGGCCUUGGUAACCCGAGCGACGACCGAGCCGGCAAAAUUUUCGAUGACGGUGAUGCCAUGAGGGGCAAGUGGUUAAGUUAUAUGAAGACUUUGCCAGGGUCUGCUAUCCUCCUCUCUCGUCCAGGCUUUGGACCGGUAACGGCGGAUAUCACGUAG